UAUAACUGGAGAGGCGGUGUUUUGAGUGACGGAGGGGCUAAACGUGUGCAAGAUUGACAGGCCGAUUGGUCUGCAUCGGUUCUUAGUGGUCAAGGCCUUCUGGCUCAGGUCUCAAUUUACUGGUCCAUCUACGUUCCUAUCAUGAUCUUUGGGUUUUGGCUGAAAGGACUCGGGCAUCUGGUAAGGAUGCCUCCCGGAUUCCUCCAUGGGAAGGAAUCUCUGGGAAGAUCCAGGACACCGAAACAUAUACAAAUCUAAAAGUGAAAAAACUUCAUCUGUUGAAAUAUAGGAUCCAAAUUGGUACCUAAUCGGUAAAAAAAAAGUGUAAAAAGAAGCGAAAGGAAAGUCAGCACAAAGCGACCACGGCGAUUGCAAAAUGGAAUCUGUGUCACUCGAGUCGGUCGUGACUCACGGCGUCCAUGGCUCGGCGACUUCAGCGCUUGCGAUGACGGCGGUGACAGUCAGCGGCUGAGGCACGUACGCCAUAACAGGAAACCACAGCCACAACAGUCCCUGGUUUUCAUCAUUCAGCUGACCGACUUAUUAUCAUAAACGGAAGAUAUUUAUUUUGUUUUCAUCCAAUCAGAUCCGCAGAUUUGGGAGAGGCGGUCUUGUUAAUAGGACACAAAGUACGAAAACUUUAGAGCAGUAUAGACGUACUAUCCACUGGCACUCGUGCACCCUGCUCCACUCUGGGAAUAUUCACUAUCCCGCUAUGCAAGCUGUACACUGACUACUCUAAAGUAUGUUACUUUCUGUAGUACUAUCUCUUGCUGAAGGCGUGUACCGGCGUUGCUCGUGGAUUAUUUUUUUACAUCUUUUACAAACUCCGGGAGAUCCUCACGCCCCCGUGCGACGGGAGGAUGCUGAAUCAAGUCAGAGACGCCGCCGUGACAAAGCGUCGUCACACCGUGAAGCAUGUUUGACACGUGUUGCGACAUGGGAUAUUGAAAAGUGUGUGUCAGCGCGGUGGGGGCGGGCGGUGCCGGAGGACGUCUAUAAAGCAGGUCGUACCUCCAGAAGGGGACACCACUGGACCGGUGACCAGGUUCGACGCUCGCCAUGUUUUCCAAGCUACUCUCGCACUGUGCGCUGAUCCUGGCGUUCCUGACGCUCCAGUGGCGCCCGACGUUUCUCGCCACCAUCCGUUGCCACGACAUCUUAGCCAGACUGACUUCCGUGACGACGGCGCUUGGAUUCGAGACGAAGCAUCUGCUUGUGGAAUACAGGACCUUCCACGGCCUGACCAACGUGGCCCCCCACCACGUCCCCGACGCCACGGUCGUGGGCAGCAACUUCUCGGAGCAGCUGCAGGACAUCUUUGCUAAGAGCGUGCAGUACAACAAACGCAUCGCCAAUGUGGAGGACUACCAGAAGAACGACUGGCGAAACCCAAAGUCCGUGGGCGAGCCUCUGACCCAAGUCAAGACCAGUCUUUUCAGCCAAAUGAACCUUCUGAAGGUUCUGGCCCAGGUCAUCCAACCGGACGUCCCGCUGAUGACGGCGGCGCCUCCUCCGCCGGCCGACAACCACUCCUACGCUAAGAAGAUGUACGGCUUGAGGGCCAUCGUGGGCUUGGGAGACUGGCUCUCACAAGUCUCUCAGGCCCUGAAGGCGGCCCCAGAGGUGUGUGAUGUCCAGGUGACUGCGACUACUGAGUCCUACUGAAGGAUCCUGCUUCUGCACGGGGUUGUAAAAAAAGUGUUCCUUAUAGGGGACAUCAGAGGGUCUAGACCUGGUCUGAUCCUAAAACUGAUUCACCAUUUAUUGUUAUUUUGCACAAAAAAACGCUCCCUGACCCAUGGGUCAAUACUGGGACAAACUGGGGGGAGUCAAGGGUUCAGAGCUCCGCCUAGGCUCUCGGGUCUGGGAGGUAGUCGGGUCUGAACUUUCCUUUUUUGCUGUAUUUAUAUUCUUUUAUUAGAAUUCAUGUUGUAAAUUAUUUAUAGAAAAGUUCUGCUCUGGUUGUGGGAAAACCUGCAGACCUCCAAGUGGUGUCCAAAUCCAGAAGGUAGUCGGGUCUGAAGCGGUAAUUCUACUGUUGGUUUCACUGGGUCUGAAUUUUGCAGAUUCCUUGGACAUUAAUAGAAAACUUGUUUUUCUGCUCAGGUUGUGGAAAAGCCAACGGACCUCCAAAUAGCAUCCAAAUCCGGGAUGUAGUCGGGUCUGAACUGGUAUUUUCCACUGCUGGAUUCUGUGCACUAUUUUAUUAGAGCUUCAUUGGGCACCAGAAAAUAUUCACUGAAAACUCAAAAAUCAGGUUGCACAAAUCCCAGAGUCUAGAUCCAGAAGGUAGUCGGGUCUGAAGUCGCAAUUGUACUGUUGCUUUCAUUAGGUCCACUACUUGGACACAAAUAGAAAAUCUCUGCUCAGGUUGUAGAAAACCCAGGUGGAAUCAAGGGUUGCAGACCUCCAACUAGUAUUCAGUUCCAGAAGCUAGUCGGGUCUGAGUUUAUAUUUUUUUAUUGUUGGAUUCUGGAUUAUUUUUUAUUAGACCAUUAUUUUGCUCAAAAAAGGUCUUAAUUAAAAAAAAAACAACCCAGGAGGAAUCAAGGGUUACAGACCUCCAACUAGUAUUCAGUUCCAGAAGCUAGUCGGGUCUGAGUUUAUAUUUUUUUAUUGUUGGAUUCUGGAUUAUUUUUUAUUAGACCAUUAUUUUGCUCAAAAAAGGUCUUAAUUAAAAAAAAAACAACCCAGGAGGAAUCAAGGGUUACAGACCUCCAACUAGUAUCCAGUUCCAGAAGCUAGUCGGGUCUGAGUUUAUAUUUUUUAUGAGACCAUAAUUUUGCUCAAAAAAGGUCUUAAUUCAAAAGUUAUGCUCAAUCAGGGAGUUCAAACCUCUGCACAGGCCCCAAAAUCCACGUCCAGAAGGUAGUCGGGUCUGAAAUAGUAAUUCUACUGUUGCUUUCAUUGGGUCUGAAUUUUGCAUAUUGGCCAUUCCUUGGAUGGAAACUCAGGUUGUAGAAAAAACAGGCAGAGUCAAAGGGGUGCAGACCUCCAACUAGGUCCAGGUCCAGAUGGUAGUCGGGUCUGAACUGUUGAGUACGUGGUGUUCUUCUAUUAGAAAUGACUUUUGCACAGAAAUACUUCAUCCCUUCAUUCUUUUGCACUGACGUCGUCUAAAACCUUGUUGCUUAAAAGAGAAAAUCUGAGGGAGAUUUUCCUCUUUUUGUUACUUAUUACUGCAAUGCCAUCUAUUUUUCUAAUGCCAUAUACUGUAUAUGAUGAUUUUUUUAAUGUAUUUUUAUUGUAUGCACUAUUUAACAAAUGAUUUUUUUUAUAAAAUCUGUACUUGUACAUUAACUUGCAUAUGUUUUCUUUGAAGUUUUUAGUUCAUUACAUUCGAUAUCUAUAUACUCUAUUAGUGAAUGAGCACAAAAAUCUCUUAAUUCUUAAGUGGCGCUCAGUUAAAGGUCAGGGACUACAGACCACUUCCCCUCCAGGUAGUAGGGUCUGAAGUGAUGUUUUCCACCGGUGAAUACU